AAAGGAGAAGUUAGGAGGACGAUGGCGGACGCUGCGCUCACGCUCAUACUCAUCCUGGGGCCCUGCCUGACACACGCCUGCAUAUUACUGUCUGUUACCCAGAAUCCUCCAAUUAUUGCUACAUUGAAUGGCAAAGAGGUGGAGAUUAGGUGUGAAGUGAAGCUGAAGGGUAACGCCCCAGCAGUGAUCACCAGCGUUCUGUACCGCGAUGGAAGAACCGGAGCAUGGCGGCCGGGCGAGAGGUAUCCUGCCGAGAACAUGACAAUCUCCUACAGCCUGACAGCCACAGAGCCGGGCGUAUACUACUGCGGGGUCACCUGUGGGGUGAGCAGCAUGACCGGACACGGGACCUAUGUGUAUGUCAGAGAUUCGGGGUAUGUUGCACCAUCCAGCUCUUCUUACAAGCUUUGCUGUGCGCUGAUCGCUCUGUCCAUUCUCCUCCUCAUCCUGGCCGCAUCUUGGACUUACCUGGUUCUGCCAUUCAUCUGGAAAAGAGAGGUUACUUCUGCAUCACAGACCAAGGCACAGAGCUCGGGUGUCACCGAGUCCUCGACGUCCAGGCCAGCGGUGGAGGAUGCGGGCGGCUCCCUGUACACGAGCCUGGAACCAAGGAGAGAAGAAGUCUACGACAUCCUGGAAGAUGAGACCAGAACCAAAGAACCGAGAGGAACCAAGAAGCACCAAGUGGAAGUUCAUGAUGUGGCCCCCAGGAGCCCAAUGAGGAGGCACCAGGUGAAUGUCCCGCCCUUCCAGGAGAAGAAACUGAAGGAAAACGCCUCUGAGAACAGCGUGUACGAGAACAUGAAGCGGUGAAAUGAAGGCUACGCUCCUCGCAAGGCCAAAAUCUCUGUUUGCUGUCAGUGAACGGGGUGUUAGCAUUGCGGCCCAAGGCAACUUGAUUUUCCACCAGUUACAGUGCCUUGAAAAAGUAUUCACACCCCUUGAACUUUUCACGUUGCACCCACAAACUUGAAUGUCUUUUAUGUGAUCGGCCGACACAAAGUCCAAGUCUGUGUGAGGAGAGCAGAAGACGGUACAAGGUUUUCAUCAUUUUUAAGAAAUAAAAACCCGGAAAGUGCGGCGUGCAUUAGUGUUCAGCCCCCCGGAGUCAGGACUUUGUAGGACCACCUUUCACUGCAGUUACGGCUC